CCUUGAGAGUCAUCAUAUAUAAACAGACAGGAGGCUGAGGAGUUCUGAUCCAACUCCACUUCCUUUGUGUUUACUUGCAUGUAUGUGCUGCUGCGUCAGUUACAGUUACACAUCUUCUCUUCCUACUGAGAAGAGUAGAGAAGAGCAGCAGUGCAGUGUAGCCAUGGAGGUAGAAGCACAAGCUUCCUACAGCUAUGGCUUCCUCCCUUCAGGCAGACACCAGCCUUAUGCCCCUCAUCCUCCCCAUCCUCCAGAAGAUGGGGAGUUGUGGGAGUACUUUCCUUGCCCUUUCUGUUACAUCGAGGUCGAAAUGCCCUUCAUCUGCAACCAUCUGCAGGAGGAACAUUGCUUUGACACCAGAAAUGCUGUUUGCCCGAUAUGCGCUGAGAAUCUGGGGAAAAACAUGUCUGCACAUUUCAGAGUCCAACACUCUCAUCUUCUCAAGAGGAGGAAGCCUUCCAAGCCCAGCUCAUGGCCAUCAGCAGCGCAUGGGGAGGAACCAUAUGAAGUGAAUUCCUACAUGAUGAACAACAGGCUAUGCCAGGAUCCUGAACCUGACCCACUGCUCUCCCAGUUCAUCUGCAGCGCCGAUCAAACCGAAUCGAAAUCGCGCGACAGAUCGAGGCGGCACGGGGGUGGUUCUUCGGCAACCUCAGAUGUUCAGAGGCCAGCGUGUGAGCCAACUGGAGCUGGAGGAGAGGCUGCAGAGAGUCGAGUUUCUUAAGGAGAUAAUCACAUCAACGAUUAUUUAAUCUGUGUUGUGUUGGAGUUUCUUGAGCGGUUUUAACAUGAUUAGGGGUUUGUGAGCGCAGAUGACCUAUAUGAAUGCUACUGUAACCCUUCUUAACCUUUUUUCUUCCUUCGAACUACGGGUGUUUCCUGGGUGUUGUGUGAAAAAUAACAUCAAGGUUUCAUUGA